GCCACCCCCACCCAAAGCCAACUCUCACGGACCCUUGACCUCCUGGACCUGACCUCUGGCCCCCAAUCGCUCUCUCUCUCAUACGGGGGAGGCAGCGUUGUCCUGCACCCACCCUCCUCUGCCUCCCUGCGGGAGAGUGGAGGGGGCCCCUCUGUCUUGCCUGACUGGCCUCCAUUGCCCCUCGACCCCCUCCCGCGGCGCCGGCGGCGCCUUCAACUGAAGCCUGGCCGGGCCCGCAAGAUAUUUGGCUGGGGUGACUUCUACGUGAAUGUGCGGACGGUGAAGUUCAGCCUGCUGCUGACCGGGAAGGUCGUGGACCACGUGAACGGCACCUUCAGUGUCUUCUUCCGGCACAACUCCUCCAGCCUGGGUAAUGUCUCGGUUAGCAUUGUGCCCCCAACUCGCCUGGUGGGUUUCAACCUCCUCCAGGAGACGGCACCGGAGCUGGCAGCCGCUGCCGCUGUGGGUCACCGUCUCUUCAACUGCCGGGUGGAGUAUGAGAAGACGGACCGGGCACGCAAGACCCGCCCCUGCCUCUAUGACCCCUCACAACUCUGUUACUCCGAGCACACCCAGAGCCAGGCGUCCUGGAUCUGCACCAAACCCUUCAAGGUCAUCUGCAUCUUUCUGGCCUUCUACAGCACCGACUACAAGCUGGUCCAGAAGGUUUGCCCUGACUAUAACUUCCACAGCGAGCUGCCCUACCUUGGCUGA